AUGGCCAUUCCAACUUCACGUACCUACACAGACCAAAGUGCGGGUUUCCUCGAGCGCUUCUCCUUAUUCGAAAACAACAAAAAGCCGCAGCCAAAGUCUCUGUUGCCUGAGGAGCACGCUGAGUUUUGCAAGCAUGCCAAGUCUGUACAUUUCUGUAAAGAGCUUUUGGAUACAAAAGACUGGGAGACGGUCAUCAAAACGAUAGAGGUCCCGACUAUGAUAGAUUUCCUCCUACACAUAUGCGAAUCCGACAGUGUAAAGGCUUAA